AAAAAUACAUGAUUAAACUCUGUGCAUUCGAACAAAACAGGAUCUUAUCAUUUCCACCUAUCGAACGUUUUGUUGUUUUUGUGGGUAAAAGCGGUAAAAGGUUUAGGUUAAAACAGAUAAACUUUCAAGAUUUAAGACACUUGUUAAGUUGCAGUAUUAUUGAAUGUCUUUUGAAAACCUGCACACACACGUGUAUGAAUUCUUGUUUAGUAUAUAACAAUAUUUUGUUAGCGAACUAUUUGCAGUGAGGUGUGACAUAGAUAUAAAGCAGCUGUUACGUACGACGUAAUAUUCAUUCGAGAGAACAAGUUAUCGAAAAAAUUUUCUAAUACUGGUAAUACCCGUAUUAUAUGUGUAAAUACGAAAAUAUUUUCUUUCAUUUCAAUUCUAAAAUGUACGGCGUAAUCGUCAAACUUGAAUGUUGAGAUGAAUCACACGUUUGCGGGAGGCGGAUCAUCUCUGAUUUUCUAAGAUAUUGCACCUGUUUGAAAUCCACUGUUGAAAUAGAAAUACUAUUUUUGAAAAUAAUUAAUUCGCUUAAAACACAAAAUGGAUAAACUAAGAAGAGCUUUGAAUGGCAGUGAUCAAUGCGAUGAGGAAAGUGGUAUCAUUACACAGGCAGAUGUGGACUUCGUGGUUAUGGAUCAAUCCACCUUGAGUUGGUCUACACGUAUAAAAGGAUUUGCUAUUUGUUUUGUCGUCGGUAUACUAUGCUCAUUCCUAGGAUCGUUUGCCUUGUUUUUAAACAAAGGCCUGGCAGUAUUCGCAGUAUUUUACACAUUAGGAAACAUUAUCUCAAUGGCAAGCACAUGUUUUCUAAUGGGUCCAUUCAAUCAGAUUAAGAAGAUGUUUGCAUCGACGAGACUGAUAGCAACUAUUUUAGUAUUUCUAUCAAUUGCGAUGACAUUAUUUGCAGCCUUGCAUCUGAGGAACGCUGGAUUGGCUCUUUUGUUUAUAAUUAUUCAAUCUUUGGCAAUGACUUGGUACUCCUUGUCUUAUAUUCCUUACGCGCGUGACGCUGUUAAAAAAACUGUGGAAUCAUGUAUCACGUGAAAAGUCUUGCGAGCUUGCAGUAACAUUAUAAGACAACACUUAAUAAUAAAUAUACAGAGACUUCUAUAUUGUUAUCCUACAUUAUGUGGACUGCUAGCUAACUUGAAGCACAAUGUAAUAUUAAUGAUAUGGAAAUUCUAACAUUUAUAAUACGUCUAUACCUCAUUGACAACAGGAUAAAGCGUUUCUGAACAUGUAUUUAGUAUUAUAACAUUUUUUACUAAACAAGUACAUAAAUGGAAAUCUACACCCAGCUUAUACAAAAUAUAUAACAUUCAUGUAAUA